AUGGCGCGUCCACGAUCGUCGCUUGCACCAGCCAAAGUCCGCACUCAAGCUCGCAGACGAGCCAUGGUAUCCGACUCGUUCAUCCUCAAGCACUAUACGCUCCUCAACUCGCUCUCUCGCUACGCCGAGGAUGUGGCUCGUUCGCACUCACAACUGCCACGAAAACGUCUGUUCUCGUCAUCAGAGCAAGAAGCACAGAACAAAGCACGCAAGCUCGACCGCCUCAAACAGCGCUAUCCGGUAGGAGAGGUGUGGAACUACUCGUGGCCACUGCCGCUUCCUCAGCUACCAGCACAUUCACAAACACCGAGCGAACGCGUUUUCAAGCUCGUGGAGCACGUGGUGAGAGACACAUUCGACGAGGAUUAUGCCACCUUUCGCUCGCCCCAAUGGGCGAAGCAACAUCGAAUCAGGAAAGACCACUUGGAACGCAUCGUGGUUGAUCCAAACGAGGUGCAUGAAAGCGCUACUGCCGCAAACGCGUUGGUUGAGACAGUGCUAAAUAGGGUGAUUGCUGGCAUCAAAAAGGGUGCCAUAGGCUCUCAGAAGUCGCCAAAUUCAGCCGGCAACAGUGGAUCGCCUGGCAUACGUGUUCACACCUCGUUCGAUGCUACCAGCUCACAGCCGCAGGAAGCUCCUUCUUCUAGCAGCAGCACUCGCAUCGACUCUACCAUUGUCACUGAUCCCGAGCUGGACGACAAGGAGCUAGACAAAGAGAUCAAUGAGGAUGGACAGUAUGCGAUGCACUGGAAAGAGUUGCUCGCUUAUCUCGAAUCAACCGUCGGCAGCUCAAAGACGGCGCAAUGGAGGAAUUGGCACUUGCUCAACGCCAUCGCUAAGACUCGACAACGCUGCGAGCAACUCUUUGGUCACCAAUAG